GCAGGGAGAGGGCAUAAACAGGUCGGAGAAUGGACGAUUGGGAUAACAAUCAUUGUUGAACUGGUGUAGGACUGGAUUGAACAAAGAGUAACUGGUGUGUGAAUGGUAAGGGCUUGCAUCCCUUUCUUUGAGGAAGGAGGUCUCCUGGGUGGCUGUUGUUCUUCUGAGGCAGUCGGUGCUGGGCUCUAGCAAUGGGAGUGGUUCUUUCACGCUGGAGGGCCAAGCCUUCCACGGUGGAGCUCUUAGAAGGCUUGGACAAGGACAUAAAGGACCUGGAGGAGUUCCGAGCUAAGAACCAGCGUCUUCAGAAGUUGUGGGUGGGCCGCUUCCUCUUCUACUCCUCAGUGCUGUACCUGCUCACCUGCUUCGGCAUCUACUUCUGCUACCUGCCCGACGAGUGGGGCGCCCGCAUCGUCAUGGCGCUGCCCAUGCUGGCCUUUCCCGUGCUAGUGUGGUUCGUUCGGAAACUCCUGAUUUUCUUGUUUUCCAAGAGAACAGAGAGAAACAAUGACAAACUUGAAGAUUUGAAAGUUGAGAAAAAGAAGAUUUUGGAAGAGGUGAUGGAAAAGGAAACGUAUAAGAAUGCCAAGCUCAUCUUGGAGAGAUUCGACCCCGAGGCAAAAAAGAAAGCAGAGGCAGAGGCCGCACCCUCAGGAACCCCUCUCAGACCAGAUCUGCGUCGGCGUAACGUUCCCAUGGGCACUCCAGUUCCAGGACAGAGACCAGUUCCAGGCCAGGGUCCAGGCAUGACCCCUGGCAUGACCCCUGGCAUGACCCCUGGCAUGACCCCCGGCGGUGUCGCCGGCACCCCAGCCGGGCCCUCCAUGAUGCCCCGGUCCGCCCCAGGUGGGCCCCCCGAGACGGGUGCAGUCGCGGGCCCGGGCCCGAGCACAAGCGCCACCCCCCACCCUGCGCAGAGUGCCACCCCCAUGAGGAGGAACCCUCUACCCACCCCCUACAGUCCGCUCAUGGGGCCAGUUGGACAGCACCCCCCUGGUCCCCAGCUGGUGCGUCCCAUCCUGCCAAGAGAGAGGGGGGCAGUGGACCGUGUCAUCGAGUACCUGGUGGGGGACGGACCUCAGAACAGGUAUGCGCUCAUCUGCCAGCAGUGCUAUUCCCAUAAUGGCAUGGCCCUCAAGGAGGAGUUUGAGUUUGUCGCCUACAGGUGCGCCUACUGCUACUUCCUGAACCCGGCGCGUAAGACCCGCCCCCAGGCACCGCGGCUUCCCGAGUUCAGCUUCGAGAGACGCCUGCGCUCCGGGUCGCCUGCCCCUGACUCCUCGGAGGCGCGGGACAGCGCGGAGGACAGCGACGCGGGCACAGGAAGGAAGGGAGGUACUUCAGGUGUUGUGUUGGGUAGGUCUGCUACUGCUGGGCCCUCUGGAGGUGUUGUGUUGACUAGGUCUACUGCUCAGGCCCCCGCAGCUGCACCAACUCCAUGGAGUAAAGUACACAGCUUCAGCAAAGCCCCAGAUACAGGUGAGCAGGAGCUUGAAGAUGCCCUAGAACAGCAUACAGAUACAGAAGAGGCCACGCCCAGCCAGGAAGUGAUUGAGGAGGGGGAGGAGUCUCAUAGGCCUCCCUCUCGGCGUAGCCCCUCCCCUGGGUCGCAAGAGGAUAGUGGGGUGGGCGGAGUGAGAAGCAGGAGGCAGGAAGAGGAGGAGUCAGAGUGACAACUGUUGAUUGGGUUUUAAAUAAUCAUGACAGUUCUGCUUUUUCACAAUGGGUUACAGGUGCAGGCUUCUUUUAGAUGAUUUUACAGUAAGGUUGUUCUUGUUUUCUUGUUUUAAAAAAGGCAACAACAGGGUUUUCCUCCGUUUGGUUUACAUCGUGUUUACAUCAUCUAGGUGUGUUUUCAUUUGCACUAGUUGGGCCCAGAACUAGCAUGGAUUUAGCCUAGUUUAAAUCCCUAGAAGAAGUUUGAAUGACUUUAUAAUGAAAAGCCAAGUAACUGCGCUGUUUUUCAGUGAGCGUUUGCCAAUGUUUUAUGAUUUGCCAUGUUUAUUUAUUGGAAAAUUAUUUUGUUUAAACCCUCUUCUCAACAUUUGACAUGAUAGUUUCCGUGCCUUUUUCCCUGACGAAUUCAAAUGUUGAUGUGCAACAGUUUGACAAGCCCCCAUUUCACAGCUGGCAGCUCUAUGUGUGUGUGAUUGACGGUCUGUGCUAGCAUCUGUUUCGGCACCCUAGGUCAGUGCGAUCCAGAGAUACUCCGAGAACAUGGUUAAGUGAUUAACCUGGCUAAGUUCACCCACAGAAAGCUGUAAAUCUGUGAAUAGAAAGCCAGUACAACUCAUCUAAUUGAGAAUAUGAGGACUCCAGGGUGUUGUAUUAUCUGAUUUACCACUUCCUCCAGGUUAACUUAACCUGGUUUACUACUGAACUGUGUUCUUGGAAUACCCCCUCUGGUAUACAAACUGUUCUGUCUUGGAUGGUGUCACUGCCUACUUCUACUGUGCUUAUUUACAGUGUUAUUUUAGAACAUGUGCACUAUGGUUAACUGAUAAGUUAUUACUAUUUUUUCUCUGUAUGUGUUGCUGUUUGUACAGUAUGCAGUCAUACAGGACAUCUGAUAAGGUUCUGUUCUGGGUGCCACAUGUUGAUAUACCAGCGUUUUGCUGUGUGUUUAUGCAUGGCAUGGCAUGUCAAUAAAAAAUGAAACCUCAUUCAA